GGAUAUGAAUUCAGAGUCGAUGAACAUGGAUUUGUAAUCAGAACUCUUAAACUGGACAUUCUGCAGCUGCUUCAACACAGUGGUAUAACUGACAUGAAAAUUAAACCUCAGAGACAGAAAAUACACGAACCAUGUUUGAGAAUUUCAGAGAGAAGUUGCUGACUGUGCAGCAGGAUUUCACAGCGGGAAUCAAGACGCUGAGUGACAAGUCAAAAGAAGCAAAGAAGUCGCUGAGUGACAAGUCAAAAGAAGCAAAGAUCAAGAAGAGGAGAGAGGACCAUCAACCACAGUUUCCAGCAGGAUUGGAGUUACUUAAUAGGUAUGAAGAUACCUGGGUGACCCUUCACAAGCGAGCCAAGGAGUCUGCAAUAGCUGGCGAGGCUGUGGAUGAGAAAGUGGUGAUGCUUUCUGCACACUGGGAGAAGAGGAGGAAUGGGCUCUUGGAACUGCAGGAACAGCUCCAGCAAAUCCCAGCCUUCCUAGCACACCUGGAAUCCAUCACUUCCAAAAUAUCCCACCUGGAGGCAGACUUUGAGGAGGUGGAGAGCCGUUUGAUACACCUUGAAGACCUUUGUGGACAGUGUGAGCUGCAGCGCUAUAAGCAGUUCCAGAUGCUGCAGGUGGAAAACUACAAGAAGAAAAAAAGGAAAGAACUUGAAACCCUUAAAGCUGAGCUGGAUGCAGAGCAUGCUCAGAAGGUGUUUGACAUGGAAAACACUCAGCAGUCAAAGCUGAAAGAACGACAGAAGUUUUUUGAAGAGGCUUUUCAGCAAGAUAUGGAGCAGUACUUAUCCACCGGGUACCUACAGAUAGCAGAGAGACGAGAACCAAUAGGCAGUAUGUCCUCUAUGGAGGUGAAUGUAGACACGCUGGAGCAGAUGGACCUCAUGGACAUGUCUGACCAGGAGGCACUAGACGUCUUUCUAAACUCAGGGGGAGAAGACAAUAGCAUGGCCUCACCAAUGCUGGGACCGGAGAUGGAGACUUACCCCACAGAGAUUACCCUGCAGGUACCAAGCCAGUCCGAGCCAAGACACAAACUGUCCUCGCUGUCCUCCACAGGCACAGAUUCAGCCAGCCAGGCCAGCGAAGCAGGGAGCGAUUCCCCCAUCAUCCAAUCCGACGAGGAGGAAGUACAAGCAGACAACACACUGGCCAGAGAGGAGAAUGUCCUGGUCAAAGAGUACUCUGACAGUGAUACCUAGACUGUUUAAAACAAUAUAUAGACAUAUUUUCUCUACUUUUAUGAAAUAUUGUUGCAAGGAAACUACGAUCAAUCAGUUAACCAUUUUCCUUUGGAUUUCCUGAUUUUUUCUUGGUAUUUAAUAUACCUAAUAUGUGUUGCAUCUAACAAGCUUCGGUACUGUACCAAAGUACAAAACAAAGUCAAAACACUGUAGAGCAAUAAAAUCAGAUUACAUUUUUUUUGUUGUUCAUUUAUACUUGUGCGUUAAUGCUUUAACCAUUUACAAAUUUUUCUGUCUGCUAAAAAAUAAUGCAAACAAUUUAAUUGAGACUACAGGAAGGUUAACCAUUUUUAGGUUAAAAGUAGAAAAACUAAAAAGUUCAAUGUGUUCCUAACAGGGUUACUAUAAAACAUUUUAAAAGGCCACGUGCUUACAUAUCUGUAUCAAGAUCGAUAGUAUGCACCCCCCACCCCCGACUUAGCAAAAUAAUGCCUUUUUAUAUUAUUUGUACCCCUUGAUCUACCCAUUUAUUUAAA